UGAGUGAUGAUGCUCUCAGGGUGUCAUCUUUUUUAGGAACAAAAAAUACACCCAUAUUCAUUGUGAAGAAACAUUUAUUAAAUGCCACAUGCAGCCUGUACCAAAACCUCUCCAGAUGAAUAGCUACCAUACAAAUUUCUUCAAAAUUAUUUAUUGGUAUAGAUUCCAGACACAUUUGGAGUCCACUUACAGUGAAUCACAACAAUUCUAGCAGUCCCAGUAGCAGCGAGGACAGAGCAGAUAUGUCUGAAUUCCCGCAAUCUUCUACUUCAAAUCUCGCCGCCGCUGCUGAAUGCCGCCGCAUAAUCGAUACUUCCGCCGCGGGAGGCGGAGCGGAGGACCUCUGCUCCUUCCCUCCGAACUCAGACACCGUCCUGGAGAAUGUCCUGAAACACGUUCUCUGCUACGUGACCGAUCGCCGCGACCGGAACGCGACCUCGCUAGUGUGCAAGUCGUGGUACCGGAUUGAGGCCAUGACCAGAUCCGAAGUCUUCAUCGGAAAUUGCUACGCCGUGUCGCCUCAGCGGGUCAGGGAACGGUUCAGCCGGGUCAAAUCUCUGAUUGUUAAGGGCAAGCCUAGGUUUGCCGAUUUCGGAUUGCUUCCGCCGGACUGGGGCGCGCGCGUGGACGCGUGGAUUACCGCCUUUUCCCAGCCUUACGGUGCGCUGGAGAAACUGUACCUGAAACGCAUGGUUAUCCUGGACGAAGAUAUGCAGGCUCUGGCGGAGGCUUUCCCGAAUCUGGAGGAGCUGGUUGUGGUCUGUUGCGAAGGAUUCGGGACCAUGGGGCUUGCCUUCGUCGCGGGGGAGUGCAGGUGAGUGGCACUUUUGAAUUUCUUGUGUGGGAUUUGAAAUUUCUUACUGCGUAUUUGACAUCCUUUUCAUUGUUUGCCGAUUGCUUUUUAAAAGGUUUGCAACUUGACAGAAUUGCCUAAAUAAGAGUAAAAACGUUUUGAAAUUCCAAAAUAGGAGUAUCAUUUUUUUAUUCCCUAAAUAGGAGUAAAUUUCUUCCAAGUUUGGAAUUAUAAGGCUUUAAACGUGGCAUUUUUUUCUAAACUUGGCAGAUUACUCCUAUUUAGGGAAUAAAAAUCAUGAUGUUCUUAUUUUGGAAUUUCAAAACGUUUUUACUCCUAUUUAGGGCAAUUUCUGUUGCAACUUUUGGCUAAUAGUCAUAUAUUUACAUUAUCUACUCUAGUUGUUUAAAUAUUUACCACAAUAAUAUCAAGCCUUAUUUUUAAAAGAUUUUGGAUCAUCUAACAUGAAUGGAUCCAUCAUAUUGGAGCUACAAAUUAUAGUUAUUUAUAUUUAUUUUGAAAAAAUACCUAAUUAUCCCUAAUGAGAAAUAUAAAUCCUUAUUAAUAUCCCUCGCAAAAAAAAUCCUUAUUAAUAUAGAUAGUACUACGUAUUUCCAAGGAGUAAUAUUGAUGUCUUAGUGAGGGUAAUGCCAUAAAAUGACAUUAUUUUUAAAUCAAUGUUCAAAUAGGGGAAAAGUUUAAACAUGUUCCCAAAGUAUAUGUGGAAGUGCACAUGUACUCUCGAACUUUACCGGUGGGCGUAGCUCAACUGAUAGCAAGGGAGUGCCACAAGGGUUAGGUCUCGGGUUCGAAUCCCAGCAACUGCGAUGACGGGUUACUAUGCUGAAAAAUGCAUAGGGCCUCUGCAAGUACCGGGGACAGAGCUCCACUCUCUAUCUGUCAGAUUGUGAUUAUAGUCCAAUUUACAUCCUCCCAUCGUGCCGUUCAGUAGGUGUUGGGGGGCCCUCAGGGAUGAGGUGUCAUCCUUUUUUUGGAAGUGCACAAGUACUCCCGAACUUUGAAAAAGUUGCAAAAAUACAUCUCAUGUUUCUAUAAAGGAACAAAUUUACAUUUAUUGACAUUAAAUAAAUAAAAUAAAUUUUAAAAAAUACCAAAAAUAAAGUAUAAAUUUAAAAUUCAAAAUUGAAAAAUAAAAAAGUUUAAUAUUGUUAGUAUAUAAAUUAAAUAUUGUUGUUAUUUUUAUAUCACAAUUUAAUAUAGUUAGUAUGAAAAUUUGUUUCAAAACUUUAUUACUCGUAUAUAUUUAUGACUAUUUCGGAAAAGUGUUAGAAUAUGUGUUGCAAAAAAAAUUAAUUUUUUGUAUUCUUUGCAGUAUGAAAUUACAUAUUUUGUAUGAUGAUAAAUAGUUCAAUAUUACAAAAUAGUGAUUUUAAUUUUUGUUAUGCAUAAACAAAAUCAAAGAAUCUUAUUUCAAAAAACGGAAAAAUGUGUUCGAAAUUUCACAACAAGACUGAAAUUAAUAUUAUGAAUUUGAAGUGCCUCAUUUACACGGGAAAAAUAAUAAUUUAAAAUUAAAGAGUUAAUAUUUUUAACAUAAAAUUUGAUCUUUAUUUUUAACUCUUUAAUUUUUAUUUUUAAAUUUCGUAUUUUAAAUGUAUAGUAUCUUUUCUUUUUUUAUUUUUUCUUUAUUUUAAAGUCAAUAAGGGUAAAUUUGCUCUUUUAUAGGAAGUUAGGAACAUACGUGGUAUUUUUGCACAUUUUAAAAGUUCAGAAGUAUAUGCUCACCUCUACAUAUACUUUAGCGGUAUAUUUGCACCCCUUCAAAUCAAUAAUAUUUACUAGAAAACAAAAUUGUAAUUAUUUUUGGAUUAAAAUUAAUCAAAACAAACCAAUCAAUAUCAGAAUUAAAUAAAAGAGAUUGGUCAAAAUAAAAUAAAAAAUAAACUGAAGAUAACAGAAACAGAGAUGGUGGAAGAAGUAGAAAAACAAAAACAGGAGAGGAUUAACACUUACCAUGACACCGCGGCAAUCAGUAACGAUGCCUUGGAAAGUGUUACCAUGUUUUAAAUCUUUUACUUUUUUGAGGGGUAAUAUCUACUUUAUUGGUGUGUUGAAAUGUAGUGACAAAUUAAUUUAGAAUUUUGCUUCGUUUACACGCCGGCUAACACACCUGAGUGUAAUUGUCGGUGCACGGACAAUUACACGGGGUUUAGUAAAGGGAAGUGUCUGUGACUCCAAGAAAUGAAUUGUCUGUGCAAAGUCAACUCGGGAUCACAACACUUACCCUUACUAAAUACAAGUGUAAUCCGGCGUUAAUCGGACGUGUACAAGUAGCAUUUCUGUUAACUUUAACCAACUUUGAGGUAUGAUAAUAAUCUCAAUUGUGAGAUUCUGUGGUUUGCUUGUGCUCGCACUUUCUAGGUAUAAUUUUGAUGCUUAUUAUUUUAGGAAAUUGAGGGUGCUCGAACUGAUGGAGUGUGAUAUCGAUGAUGAAGAAAUGGAUUGGAUUUCAUGUUUCCCAGGAGAUGAAACAUGCCUCGAGUCUUUGGCCUUUGAUUGUGUGAUAAAUGAUGUGAAUUAUAAUGUGUUGGAAAGGUUGGUGAUGAGGUCUCCUUAUUUGAAGAAACUUAAGUUGAACCAGGUUGCUUCUAUUGAACAGCUUUACAAGCUGAUGGUUAGGGCCCCACAGCUUACCCAUCUGGGGACUGGAUCAUUUAGGCCCUCAGAAGAAGGUGAUGGUGAACAAGAAGAAGAACUUAACUAUGCUUCUGCUUUUGCUGCCUGCAAAUCAUUAGUGUCUCUGUCUGGGUUCAGGGAAAUACAUCCUGAUUACCUUCCUUCCAUAUACCCCAUUUGUGCCAACCUUACUACUCUUAAUUUCAGUUUUGCCGACAUCAAUGCUGAGCAACUCAAAGCAGUCAUUUGCCACUGCCACAAGCUGCAGGUUUUAUGGGUGCUUGAUUCAGUAUGUGAUGAAGGCCUCAAGGCAGUAGCUGAAACAUGUAAGGAUCUAAGAGAGCUUCAGGUUUUCCCUCGUAAUGCUGAUGAAGACGCGGAUGGCCCCGUUUCUGAAAUCGGUUUGGUUGCAGUCUCAGAGGGUUGCAAGAAACUUAAUUACAUAUUAUAUUUUUGCCAGAGAAUGACCAAUGCGGCUCUCCUGACCUUUUCACAGAACUUACCAGAUAUUGUGGUGUUCCGUCUCUGCAUAAUGGGCCGGCACAGACCCGACCCGGUAACAGGAGAGCCAAUGGAUGAAGGGUUUGGAGCUAUUGUCAAGCACUGUAAGAAUCUCACCCGCCUCUCUAUAUCCGGUCUGCUGACCGACCAAGUUUUUAGUUACAUUGGUGAAUAUGGUAAAUUGGUGCGGACGCUGUCAAUCGCGUUCGCUGGGGAUAGUGACUUGGGGCUGAAAUACGUGUUGGAGGGCUGCCCGAAGUUGCAAAAGCUCGAGGUAAGGGAUUGCCCAUUUGGGGACUUGGCUGCCCGUGCUGGUUUGCAUCACUAUUACAACAUGAGGUUCAUUUGGUUGUCUUCUUGCCGAGUGUCACGUGAAUGCUGUGAGGAGAUUGCACGGGAGUUGCCGCACUUGAUGGUCGAAGUGAUUGACUGGAACGAGUUGGGGAGUAAUGAGAAUGAUUAUGAUGUUUUGUACAUGUACCGGUCUGUUAAUAAUGAACCAAGAACCGAUGCCUCAAGGUUUGUUCAAAUCUAUUGAUGUUAGGAAAGAUGCACAGGAGGGUGCCAUUGCGGUAUAGUGUUUUUUCCCUGGAAGUUCUUGGACCAGGGUUAAUAUUGGUGAACUAUUUGUGGUCUCUUUCUUCAUUGAGGAUGUUCAUUUUGUCUUAAAGAUAAAAAGAAGCCAUGGACAUUGCAAGGUGUAAGAUGGGGUCCUACAGAAAUGCAGAUUGAGAAAGAUGAUGAUGAUUUGGGUGGACUUGCCAUCCGUUGCAUAAUUCCCAUUUCAUUAGACUGAGCUUUUACUUGUUUCUAUGUUUGUCAGUUUACACUUUUAGACCUGCUUAUUUUCUUUGGCUGUUUUUUCGUUUGCACCUGGCUGCUGAAUUUCUAUAUGGUUCUUUUAUUGGAUGUUUCGUUUCACUAAUGAUAUCCAUGUAAGCAUGGUUGAUCAAUGGCUCUGGUUUCCUGCUUUCCUAAUUUAGUUCUCCUAUCUGUGGAAUUGGCAUAAGAUCCUUGGAAUGAUGGACCAUGAUGGCGAUGCUAAUGAUUCAUUUUAGCUGUGAUUGUAUGUGGUAAUUAUUAAUUAAUGUAUUGGAUAAGUCGGCAAACCCCACUUGAAGUCAAUAGAUUUGGCUAAAUGCCCUUUUGAGCCUUGGCUUUUGAUUAAAUCUAUUGAGCAACAGUUGGAGCAGUGUUGGACUUCGUUGAAUUGGAUGGGAAUUGACUGGGUAACACACUCGGAGAGAACUGUAAUUGGAAGGAUAAGACCGGAUCGGAAGUAGCGCAUUCUGCAUAUGAUGCUGGAGUCGUCUGGACUACACCGUUUUGGACUUUUGGGUUGGCCUUUGUUGCUUGACCGUAAUCAGAUUGUGCCUAUCCCAAAUAGGGAGAAAUUUCAGGUUUGGGAUCAUUUUUGAACUGAUGAUCUUUGAAUGAAUAGAAUCAUUUAUAGUACUUUGGUUGUGUCAUAUGUGAAGGGAGAGGGACUUGAAUUGUCUAUUGACAUUAUUGCUGGCAGAAUACUAAAAUCAUAACCUCUAUUAGAUUCAACUAUGGAAACGGAAUGAGUGUUGAGCUUGACUUUCCAUCCUUUGCUAAGCCAUAUGUAGGUCAAAUAGAGCAAUCCAUCAAUUAUUCAGCAUAGGGGUGGGAUCGGGAUCGAUUGCCAAAAUCCCGAUUCUAUCCCGAUUCCGAUUCAAACUAUAAGAGGAUCCUGUGUCCUGUCCCGAUUAAGUCGGGAUCCAGACAUUAAAAUCCCGAUUAAGUCGGCUUCACGAUCGGAAAUCCCGCUUAAUCCCGCUCAAUCCCGAUAAUGAAGUAUCAAACAUAAAAUAGUGUAAUUUCUUUAGGUAAACACUAGCUUUGAUAUUUAGUGGUUUCAACAUUAUUCUUUGGUCAUUAGUAUACCAUAUUUAUCAUCAUCUACUUAUAAACUAUAUUCUAAUAAUUAUCAUCUCAAAUUCAC